AUGUCACAGCAAGGAUUACGUUCAUUUCUACGUGAAGUAUCAGCAAUAUCCGAGAGAUUAGCUCAGUUGAAAUUAUCAAACACUAUCACAGAUAGUGAUGAUACUUAUGCUGUAGAAAGAGAAAUAUUAUCUGAACGUGCUCGUCGUCUUGUAUCAACGCUUACACUUGACAUGAUUGGUGCUGUUCUUCCGGAUCGUCUUGGUCUUGAAUCAAUGACAGCUCCAAUGUAUUAUAUUGACAUUUAUGAAUCGGAGCAUAUUCAUGCAUGCUUAUUUGGCUUCAAAAGUUGUAAUUUUAUGUUUCCAUUACAUGAUCAUCCGGAUAUGUACGGAUUUGUGAAAGUUCUUCGUGGUGCAUUAGCAAUUAAUUCAUAUACUGAACUUUCGCAUGAUGAGCAAAAAGUGUUAAAACGAACAAAAUGGAACACAUUAUCAUCUAAUGUUGUCAUUGCUAGAUUCGAAGGUAUCAGUAAUCGUUGGCACAGCGAUGAUUGCGUUUAUUUGGGUCCUAAAUUUGGUAAUAUUCAUUCGUUAACACCACUUGAAGAUGGUGCAGCAUUUUUUGAUUUACUAAUGCCUGGUUAUGGUGAUAAACCGUGUACCUAUUUUAAAAAUGUUGUACAAAAUCCAAAAUUAAAGCAAGCAUGUUUGUUGCAAAAAAUUGCCGAACCAGAGGAUUAUUAUUGUCAACUUUUACCUUAUGAGAAAAUUAGGUCACUUUAA